AAUGUCGACUUUUACAUCCCUACUUCUGAGGUCUACGUGAUUUUUUUUAUUAUUUUUAGCAGCUGUUGAAAAUUCGGGGAGGGAAGAAAAGUCGCGAAAUUUUCCAUUAUCAAAUAACAAAAAAUCAAUAAAACAAUUAUUGGAGAAAAUUUUUGACUGCAAACACGAUGAGCGAGGAGUUUAAAUUGCCAAAACGUUCCCGCAAACGUACACGUGAUGUUAAGCGACGAGCACGACCAGAAUUGGACAAAGAAGGUUGGGUUGCGCUGCGUUACGCCGACCCCGAACGAUUUGAACCGUUCUGUAAGGUCAAUGACAACAUGGAAAGGAUCAAUGAGGAUGAAAUAAGUUGCGAGGAAUUCAUACGACGCUUUGAGGAACCCUAUUUGCCCGUGGUGAUUGUGGGUUGUCAAAAGAGUUGGCAGGCAUUAGAAAAAUGGACCCUACCACGUUUGGCCAAAAAGUACCGUAAUCAAAAGUUUAAAUGUGGCGAAGACAAUGAGGGGUACAGUGUCAAAAUGAAAAUGAAAUAUUACAUAGAAUACAUGCAAACAACGCGGGACGAUAGCCCUCUGUAUAUUUUCGACAGCAGUUUCGGGGAACAUCAUAGACGCCGGAAACUUCUGCAAGAUUAUGUUGUGCCGAAAUAUUUUCGCGAUGACCUAUUUAAGUAUUGUGGUGAAGAGAGACGUCCUCCGUAUCGUUGGUUUGUAAUGGGGCCGGCACGUUCCGGUACUGGUAUACACAUAGAUCCAUUGGGCACCAGUGCAUGGAAUGCCUUGAUAAGUGGUCACAAACGUUGGUGUCUAUUCCCCACCCAAACACCCAAGGAAUUGUUGAAGGUGCCCUCCCACCUGGGUGGAAAACAAAAAGACGAAGCCAUCACUUGGUUCAGUACAAUAUAUCCACGUACGAAGCAAGCCGAUUGGCCAAAAGAAUAUCAACCUGUAGAGAUUUUACAAAAACCUGGAGAAACUGUUUUUGUGCCAGGCGGUUGGUGGCAUGUGGUGCUAAACUUGGACGACACUAUUGCUAUAACCCAAAACUUUUGCAGUCGUACCAAUUUCCCAAUUGUAUGGCACAAGACGGUGCGCGGUCGUCCAAAGUUGUCACGCAAGUGGUUAAGGGUUUUACGCGAAAAAGAACCCGAAUUGGCUAAGGUCGCUGAAAACAUUAACAUAAAUCAAAGCACUGGAUUUGCAUCGGAUAGUUCAAGCAACUCGAGUUCCUCCUCAUCAAGUUCAUCAUCAUCGGAAUCGGAUAGUGAUAACGGUGGCAACAACAGCGAAGAUGAUUCAUGCUCAUCGAAUACGGACAGUGGUCAGGAAAGUCUUACUGCCAAAAAGAAAAAGAAACGACGCAUGGGUGAGGCCAUGACCUCAAAUUCAUGAUGGCCGUUACUAGUAUUUAAAUGUAGUUGCUAUAGAAAAAAUAACACCAACGAUAAAAUUAACGAUAAUUGUAGAAGUAUUGCAAAUAAUGCUGAUGAUGCCACCACCACCAACAACACCACUGCUACUACUGCCCAUAAACACCAACAUUAUGUUCACGAUGAUUUUAACAAGGAAAUGAAACCAGUAAACAAAAUGUCAACAGCAGAUGUUGUUGAUAACACUACAAGAUUCCUAAGCAGAAUGCGUAUGCUAUAUGUGGGACUUAUGGUUGAAACCAAUAAUAGUUAACAUUUUUCUCUCAUAAUUUAAGUAAUAGAAUUUGGGUGGAUUCUGAUCUAGCAUAUUGGCAAUUCCCCAUCUUUCUACACAAUUUUGAAUAUCUUUCUUUUAUUACAUGGAUAUUUCUCUGUCCCACAGAUUUCUUUUUGCUGAAAUAUGAAAUUCUCCAUCCGUUUUCCUUAAAAACUAAUUAAUUUAACUAUUUUUACCUACUAAUUGAAGAACUAUUUAUCAAUUACUUUGACUAAUUUAUGAGCCCGUAUUAAAAUCGACUGGAUAUCAAGGCCUUUAAUUGCAAAUAAGUAUUUUUUACUUUGCAAUUAUUCCAUAUAUAUAGUAAUAUACUGAAAAAAAUUGCAAUUGUAUAAUGCUAACAUCCCCGCCAAACCAUAUCGUUGUCCUAUUUUUCCGUAUACCUACUUUGAUUUAAGAAUUUAAUUAAAUUAAUAAAUAAAAUAUGAUUUGAACAAUAAUUAAACUUGUAUUAAAUAAAAACAUACAGAACAGAAAA